GAGCCGGAUUCAUCCAGUGAUCGACCUAAACAUCACGAUUCCGAGUGGUCCUGGGGUUUUGCCAGGGCAAUAGUAUAAUUUGAUACCGCUCCCGUUCUUACUUCCGCGAGUAGUUGCUUCAACAAGCUUGUGACCUCGCCCAUGUUCCCUUCGAGUCCCCGCAGACGCUCCUCGACAGAUUGCUGGUACAUUGAUAGCUUGGUUUCGAGCUCUGACAAGCGUUCCUCGACAGUGAGCACCGGCGCCUCUUCCUUCUCAUGCACCCGCACAAGAUCGUGGUCGUAGAACGAAUGUCCGUCCAACUUCGUGUCGCCUUUCGCAUCGCAUCCGGAGCAGAUGAAGCUGGGUUCUGGGCACUGGACACAAAACCAGCAGGGUUGUACGACGGCUUGCUUGCACAGGCGGCACCGAGCAGGCGGAGUCGAGCUGGCCAGGAGAACUCGCGCUUGUCCAACAGCUGCCUUCGCGGCCCGAUACGUGUUUCCGAACUGCCGUCUAUGCAGCACAUGCCGGACUUUGAGCAGGUCGUGGUGCGGCAAGUGUGGUUUGUCCAUGUCUUCUCGCAUCACCCGUCCAGCAAUGCAUUCUUCAACUUCGUGCAGGUCGAUCGUAUUCCAUUUGUUGUUCUCCUUCGUCUGACACUCCAGACAGAUAACGCGCGCGCCGCCGAUGACGGUGCGGCAGGUGUCACAGAUGCUGAACCGGUGGCUGACGAUGUGACGGUACUCUUGUUCCACGAGUGAGUGAUAGAAUCGCGAGUCGGCAGAGAUGGUCCGUAGGGGAUAUUGGUUGUUCCUCCGCCACUCCGGAUCGACAGCUUCACAAA